AUGGCAGUAUUUCUAAAGGAAAGGGAUCCUAAAUCGGCAGCAGAAAUGAUAGAGUGGGCUGAGAAGUAUGGAAGGCCAUCCAAGUCUGAGAGGACAAGGCUCAAGCGUGUGUCACAAACACAACAGCCGUCAAUACAGAGAGAAUCAACUCUUCAGGAGGUUCAUGAAGAUAUGAACCACAAAAUCAACGACCUGAGUGACGAAAUCAAAGCGUUACAACAAAGUUUACAGAACUUUAAAGAAAAUACAAAACAUAGUGAACACAGAUUGCAGAGAGAAAAUAGUGACCGGGACAAAGAAAUUAUUCGGCUUAAGACUGAGACAGAGGUUUGGCGAAAAGAAAGAGAUGAAAUGUGUAAACAACAGUGGGUCACAGUUGGUGACUUUGAAGAAAAAGUUCGUGAACUUGAAUUAGGUCAUAAGAAACAGUCCGAUGACCUUCAGAAAACCUUAGCAGAAAUCAAAUUCUUCAAGGAACGUAACGAAUGCAUGAAGAAAGAACUUGAUAAUACUGUAACAAAAGAAAAAUCUCUGGAAGUGGAGAUAGCAAAUGCUGAGACUAAGAAAGUGGUGGAACGAUUGACAAAACUGAUAAGAGAAUUCAAACAAAUCUACGAUGACGAGAGAAAAACUAAAGAGGUGUAUCUGGACAUGAGACAUCAGAUGUCGAGUGAGAUGGAGGAAACGACGACAGACAUUGGCACCUUGACCAAAGAGUUUGAGGUUCAUCAGACCUUCAAAGAACUCAAGACAGCUCUGGGAAAAGUCAAGAAAAAACGAGCAUUUUCAGAGAACUAUUAUGGGACAACUUUCAAAGAAUUAGGAUAUUUGCUGCUAAGUUUCGAUCCAGAGGGCAAAAAUAAGAAGAAAAUUGGAGACCCUUUGUACUCUGGACAAGGUUCCAGCUUGGUGCUCCGACCUCCAUUACCGGACUGA